GUGCGGACGCAGUCAGCAACCAGCUUCUACCGACUUCAGCUAAUGUACCCGCAACCACGCCGAGCUGACACUAAAUAUCAACAGUUAUAAAUGUUUGUGACAUAAAAUGGAGCUAAUAACAAAAGCGGCAGUGUGGUAUAUGGUGGCAGCGUGGUGUGUAUCGGAACCGAGCCUGGUUGCCGCUGCCUCCCCCCGUAUCGACGGCAAAGUGCGCUUUCCCGACGAACCUCUAAUCGACAGGAAGAAUAGCAUUUUGAGAGACGAGGGUGAUGCUGGAGACGUGGCGUUCAAGCCAGCCACGGAUACUGAGGGGUUCUACAACCGUGGGGUAGGAGCAGGUCGGUACCCCGUGCACGUGCACCGCUCCAUGCAGAUCGGGCGUGCCCCAUUGUACCCCAACACGGAUGCGAAGAACAGGUAUCAAGGUGUGGAUGUGGAGUCAGACGGCACCCUGGACACGCUGCAGUACUGCAAGUGUGAGAGCACCCCGCACUGCAACCUCCGUACUGACUAUGCCAACGCUUGCGGCUCAAAUCAAUACUUGUGCUGCUACGACAAGGCCAAGAAACCAACCAUCCAAGCAAACAGAGAAUUCUUCAACGAGGUGAACGACGGGCGUCCCUUCCUACAGCAGGAACAAGGGAACGCGGUCGGGACCUUUCAGGCACCUAACUUUGUUGGUCACCCUGACCGCGGGACUGGCACUGAUACGAGACUAUUUAUUGGACCGAAUAAAGAGACUAACAGUAGACCAAUUUUAAUAGGGCCCCAAGGUCCUACAGGAAUUAUCGGACCAGCUGAUAAUAAUAACAAAAGCCCUGCUUUUCUUGUGGGGACUUCUCCUGGAAAUUUGCACUCCGAGGAUUUCCAGGGAGUUUUAGUUGGGCCAUCAGGGCCGACUGGUAUCGUGGGUCCAUCGUUCGAUAGAAUACCGAGUACAUCAGAUGAUAGAGGAGUUUUAACAGGUCCAGAUGGACCAACUGGCAUUUUAGGUCCGUCAUAUAGCCGACCUGUAUUAGUCGGGCCUGGUGUACAUAAAGGAGACUUAGGACCAAGUGAAACAGCACAAAGGGGAGUUUUGGUGGGGCCAGGUGGACCAACUGGCUUUAUAGGACCAUCGCGAAAUCGAGCCAUUUUGGUAGGCCCAGGUGGACCUACUGGCAUUAUAGGCCCAGCACAAAAUCGACCCGUUUUAGUUGGACCAGGUGGACCAACUGGCAUUAUAGGUCCAGCUCAAAAUCGACCCGUUUUAGUCGGACCAGGUGGACCGACAGGAAUAAUAGGGCCGAAUCGACCCAGAGUUUUUAUAAAUCGGCCAUCAUCAAAUCGUGGUAUUUUAAUUGGGCCCGGCGGCCCUACAGGAAUCAUAGGCCCGGGACGCCAAGUACUUGUGGGCCCCGGCGGUCCAACAGGCCAAAUAGGGCCUAGAAACUAUGAAUGUUCGCGCCGCAUAAGGAACAGAAACAAAAUGAAGUCUAAGAUAUAUAUGAACUUCCACAAUCAUACGUCUUGUGCUUGUCACAAGCAUUAAAUGAGAUUAAAUUA